UUCUUCAGCUUAACAAUGGAAUCAAUCCCAAUUAUCACUUACACCAUGAACAAGCUCCCCAGCUUAACUCGUCCCGCCGGCGCCACCGUCACCGCCUUCGACAUCGAACAGCCACCUCCGAUCUCCCCGGCCACUCCUCCGCCGGCGGAGCCUUUCUUCGAUCCCUCCGUACGCAUGCCUGCUCUCACCGAUCCCAACAUCAUCUCCGAGAUGCGAUCCACCGUCGCCGACGUGUCGCAGACUCGCUCGAUUCUCAAGCAACUCGGUCCACGGCCCGAUCACGAGUCAGUCGACACAGCGAAGGCGAGGCUCGCGGAGAUCGAGGUUAGACUUGCUAACGAUCUCGACGAGAUCAAUCUGAGCGAAUCGGACGGCGAGGAUUCGAAGAAGGAGGCGGAGAAGGAUAAGGAGAUUUACAAGGCGGUGAUUGCGCUGGAUGAGUUACAUGAGACUUAUGGGAAGGUGUUGGCGGAGGCGGAGGCGAAAUUGGAGAGGAUUUAUGCGGCGGCUGUUGCUGGUCAUGGCGGUGGUGAUGAGGUGGCGGAGGGGAGUGAGGAGGUCAAUGAGGAUGUAGUGAGGAUUUUACAGGAGGCGAAUCAAAAGGAUGUGGAGAGGAUUGAUUUGUCUGAUCGCGGUGUGAGGUUUCUCCCUGAGGCGUUUGGGAAGAUUCGUACUCUUGUGGCGCUUAAUCUCUCGGUUAAUCAGCUCCAGUUGAUUCCAGAUUCAAUUGCUGGUCUUGAAAAUCUUGAAGAGCUUAAUCUUUCAUCUAAUAUGUUGGAGAGUUUGCCAGAAUCAAUCGGGUUGCUACUAAAUUUAAAGACCCUAGAUGUCUCUAGCAACAAGCUCACUGCUUUGCCUGACAGCAUCUGCAGCUGCAGGUCAUUAGUAGAACUGAAUGCCAGCUUCAACAAAUUGACUUACUUGCCAACGAACAUUGGGUAUGAACUAGUUAAUCUGCGCCGGCUUUCAAUCCAACUGAACAAAAUCCGCACUCUUCCUACUUCUAUAGGGGAGAUGAGUUCUCUGCAGUUCUUAGAUGUGCACUUCAAUGAGCUUCAAGGUCUUCCACAUUCUGUAGGGAAAUUGACAAACCUUGAGUCUAUUAAUCUCAGCAGUAAUUUUAGUGACCUAAAGGAACUUCCGGAGACAUUUGGUGAUUUAAUAAACCUCCAAGAUCUUGAUAUCAGCAAUAAUCAGAUUCAUGCACUACCCAAUACAUUUGGUCAACUUAAAAACCUCCGCACACUUAACUUAGAGGAGAACCCUAUCGUAAUUCCUCCCAAGGAGAUUGUGAAUUCUGGGGUUGAAGCUGUAAAGGCAUAUAUGGCUCAGAGGAGGGUCGACCUAUUGGCGGAGGAAGAGGCAAGGAGUAAACUCGAAGCCAAUGAGGAAACACCGCUGGGUUGGUUAACUCGUAGCACCUCCUGGUUAAAAAAUUCAGUUGUAGGCGCCACCCAAAGUGUUUCAGGAUAUAUGGGAGCUCAUGAAUCCAACCGAGACCCUGCUGUCAAUCAGCAGUACUGAAUGUGUUCCACAAAUCGACUGUCUUCAGCAGAAGUUUAGUAUUAGAAAUAUAUCUCUAUAUCAAACACUUGCAUGCCUUCCAAUGUUUAUUAAGCACAUCCCAGCAUCUGGGAGACCAAUAUAAGUGUUUUCACACUUCUUUUUUGUCUGUCUUCUCUUUGAACCCUCAGGAAUUGGGGAUCUCAAGACAUUGAUAGGAAAUUGAGUUCACUGCUCCAUGUGUAGAUUAUUAAGAUAUCGAGUUUACACUUUGAUUACUUUCAUGUGUAAAUUAUUAAGAGAUUGAGUUAUAAACUCCUUUUUUGAAGUUUUUAA